AUGUCGGCCAGCUCAGAUCCAUUCAAUUUUAAGAUUCCAAAAAACAUCGAAUUCGGCGACGUUGGGGCCGACGAUGAUGUGUUCAACAGUAAGCCGAGUAUUUGAGUCAUUUACAAAGAGUUUAGAGACGAAUGGAUGGGGAAGCCCAGAAUUUUAUGCACAGAGAAAGGCGGCGGAAAGACAAAAGAAACUGGAAGCGAUUGAUGCCAAAUUGAGACGGUUGUCCGCGUAAGUUUAUAUUAAUUUUGUCUAUUCUCAUGUUUAGUCUCAAGGACUCCGAGAAGGAGAAUCAGAGGUCUAAGAAUGUAAUUCCCGUUAAGCCUGUAAAUAGUAACGAAGGGUAAGGCAAAUCAUUGCGAGGAUAUUCUUUUAGUCGGCCUGUACUUCAACCAUCGACCGUCAGAACUCGAGCUUCUUCUCAGCCGCCUGUCCAACCAGUGGUUUCAGCCAAGCCCGUAGUUCAACCAUUAAUAAGGUAAGUUUUAGACAAUUUAUUUUGAACUUUUUAGUCGUCUUCGCUCAAACUCAAUGGUUCGAACUCCAGCUGCUCCUCAUGGCAUGGAACUCAGAGGUCGUCCACAGGAGAGAAAGGUUCCGGCUUUUGUUAGGCAAGCCGUGAAAGCUACUCCGACCUUAUCCAGGUCUUCUCCUUUGGUCAGAAGAGCUGCCGCCGUUACCUCUCGCCUUCGUAAUUCAUCUCAAGAUCUCGUAAAACCUGCGGAAUCUCCCGCCGUUCGCAGUGUUAGAGGUAUUCCAGUGGUUGCUGCUUAUCAUCCGGGUAAAAAGGCCGCAGAAAAACCGAAGGAAGAUUCCGAAUCAAAGGAGAACCAGAAGCCAACGGUGCAAAAGUCAUUGGUUCAGCCAGUCCCAAACCCGGUUGGACGAGUCCUCCGUUCCUUCAGCCAGCCUCGGCAGACUCCAACACCAGCGACUGUUCCAAUUGAGAAGAAGCCAAUGCAAUCAACGCCUAAGGCACUUCCCAUUCCAAGCAGAUUACAAGCCAGACCUCCAGCGAUGCCCAGGAUUGUGAGACCCAAGAACAAUCAAGAGAAUGUCCCCAGUCGUGUUGAUGCCUCAGGCGCUGAUGUUUUGAAUAAGAAGCCCGUUAAUCGUAGAUUCAGUUUCAUGGCCCCCACCUUCGCGAGUCGUCGCAGAUCAAUGGCUGCCCCAGAGUAA